GAGCAUAGUUGGAUGCCAACACAGUUAUCUAUAUAAAAGUGGCAGCAAUUUGGGGGAAAAAAGAAAAUAGAUUUCAAAAAAAGAGAAGAAUAGGCAAACAGAAGCGUUCUAAAUCCGAAGACGCGGACACAGUGGGGCGGUUUGCGACGUUCUCCACCGGCCUAAUUUCGCAUCUUUCCGAUCACCGGAAAAAUGACCGGCCAUGACUCCAAGUAUUUCUCCACCACUAAAAAGGGAGAAAUCCCUGAGCUCAAAGAGGAACUCAAUUCUCAGUAUAAGGACAAGAGAAAGGAUGCUGUCAGAAAAGUGAUUGCUGCCAUGACUGUUGGGAAAGAUGUUUCAUCUCUAUUCACGGAUGUUGUGAAUUGCAUGCAAACGGAAAACCUGGAGCUUAAGAAGCUUGUUUAUCUAUAUCUCAUAAACUAUGCUAAAAGCCAGCCUGAUCUCGCCAUACUUGCUGUUAAUACUUUUGUUAAGGACUCACAAGACCCAAAUCCUCUAAUUCGUGCGUUGGCUGUACGGACGAUGGGAUGCAUUCGUGUCGACAAGAUUACAGAGUAUCUUUGUGAUCCCCUUCAGAGAUGUCUCAAGGAUGAUGAUCCAUAUGUUCGCAAGACAGCAGCAAUAUGUGUUGCUAAACUGUAUGACAUUAAUGCCGAGCUAGUUGAAGAUAGAGGGUUUUUAGACGCUCUUAAAAAUCUGAUAUCCGACAAUAAUCCUAUGGUUGUGGCAAAUGCUGUUGCGGCUCUUGCAGAAAUUCAAGAUAACAGCAGCAGGCCUGUAUUUCAGAUCACCAGUCAGACUCUUACAAAACUUCUUACUGCUCUAAAUGAAUGCACUGAGUGGGGUCAAGUUUUCAUAUUGGAUGCACUUUCAAAGUACAAGGCUGUUGAUGCUCGUGAAGCUGAAAGUAUUGUGGAGCGUGUCACUCCACGUUUACAACAUGCAAAUUGUGCUGUUGUCCUUUCAGCUAUCAAGAUGAUUAUUCAAAAAAUGGAACUUAUAAGCAGUCCUGAUGUGGUUCGUAACCUUUGCAAGAAAAUGGCUCCACCUCUUGUGACAUUACUGUCUGCAGAACCUGAGAUCCAAUAUGUGGCUCUAAGAAACAUAAACCUUAUUGUACAACGAAGGCCUACAAUUCUUGCUCAUGAAAUUAAGGUGUUUUUCUGCAAGUAUAAUGAUCCAAUUUAUGUGAAGAUGGAAAAGUUGGAAAUCAUGAUCAAACUUGCUUCAGACAGAAACAUAGACCAGGUUCUAUUGGAGUUUAAAGAAUAUGCUACAGAAGUGGAUGUAGAUUUCGUCAGAAGAGCUGUGCGUGCUAUCGGACGCUGUGCUAUCAAGUUAGAUAGAGCAGCUGAGCGGUGCAUAAGCGUUCUGCUCGAGCUGAUCAAGAUUAAAGUGAACUAUGUAGUUCAGGAGGCCAUUAUAGUCAUCAAAGAUAUUUUUAGGAGAUAUCCUAAUACUUAUGAGUCCAUCAUUGCGACACUGUGUGAGAGUUUAGAUACAUUAGACGAGCCUGAGGCCAAGGCAUCAAUGAUUUGGAUCAUUGGUGAAUAUGCGGAAAGAAUUGACAAUGCUGAUGAACUCCUAGAAAGCUUUUUAGAGACCUUCCCCGAAGAACCUGCUCAAGUUCAGUUGCAAUUGCUGACAGCAACUGUUAAACUAUUUCUUAAAAAACCAACUGAAGGCCCUCAGCAGAUGAUUCAGGUUGUAUUGAAUAAUGCCACGGUUGAGACUGACAAUCCAGAUUUACGAGAUCGUGCAUACAUAUACUGGCGCCUUCUUUCAACUGAUCCAGAGGCAGCAAAGGAUGUUGUGUUGACUGAGAAGCCUGUGAUAAGUGAUGACUCAAACCUUCUUGAUCCAUCCCUUCUUGACGAGCUUCUUGCCAACAUUGCCACAUUAUCCUCUGUGUAUCACAAGCCCCCAGAGGCAUUUGUAACUCGUGUAAGAAGUACUCAAAGACCUGAAGAAGAUGAGUACCCAGACGGAGGGGAACCUGGAUAUUCAGAGGCGCCUUCUCAAGGAAUCGAGAGGGGAGCAUCACCACCACCUUCCUCAAUCAAUGUUCAUGCUGUAGCACGACAAGCUGUCCAUGCAGCUCCUGUACCAGAUUUACUUGAUCUGAUGGGGGAUGGAAAUAGUAGUAGUAAUGCUGUUGUAGCCCAGGCCGAUGUCCUCACUCUGCCAGUUAUGUUGCCUGCCUCAAGCGGUCAAGGUUUACAAAUCAGCGCGCAACUGAUAAGGAAAGAUGGCCAGAUAUUUUACUGCAUAUUAUUUGAGAACAAUACACAGGUUCCCCUUGACGGGUUCAUGAUUCAGUUCAACAAGAAUACAUUUGGCCUUGCGGCUGCUGGGCCACUGCAGGUCCCUCAAGUGCAACCUCGGUCAUCAGCCAGAACUCUUCUUCCUAUGGUUUUGUUCCAAAAUGUAGCUCCUGGUCCACCAAACACACUUCUACAGGUUGCUGUGAAAAAUUCUCAGCAACCUGUGUGGUACUACAAUGAUAAAAUUUCACUACUGGUUCUUUUUACUGAGGAUGGGAGGAUGGAGCGCACAUCCUUUCUUGAGACAUGGAAGUCAUUGCCCGACUCAAACGAGGUCUUAAGGGACUUUCCAGCCAUUGUGAUAAAUAGUGUGGAAGCUACACUUGACCGGUUGGCUUCAUCGAAUAUGUUUUUUAUUGCAAAGCGUAAAAAUGCGAACCAGGAAGUCCUGUACCUCUCGGCCAAGAUCCCUAGAGCAAUCCCAUUUUUAAUUGAACUAACAAUGGUGGUCGGAAUUCCUGGUCUCAAGUGUGCAAUUAAAACACCUAAUCCUGAAAUGGCUUCUCUUUUCUUUGAAGCCCUCGAAAGCCUUCUUAAAAGUUAAUUGACAUACAUCCCCCCCCCCCCCCCCCCCAAAAAAAAAAAAAAAAAAAGUCCCUUACCUUUCUCCUUUAGCUUUCUUUUUUCUUUUUUCUUUUUUCCAACUACUUCUCCAUCAGUUGAUCCCCUUUUCUCUUAAAGGUUGUUUACUGAAUAUACUGUUAACUCUAAAUUAAUUUUGAUGCUGCAAUUUGCAUUAUUAGUCGGUC